GGGUUUCCUUCCUGUGCCAAGGGAGGGAAGAUGGCGGCGCUGAGCAAGAUCGGCGCCUUCCUGAAGAACGCCUGGGCCAAGGAGCCCGUCAUCACCGUCUCCUUCGCCAUCGGCAUCCUGGCCGCGGUGGCGCCGCUGCUCAGCCCCUACACGAAGUACUCCGGCAUGAUCAACCGCGCGACGCCCUAUGUGUACCCAGUGCCCCUGCGAGAUGAUGGCAACAUGCCCGACAUCCCCUCCCACCCCUGCGACAAGGAGGGGCCCAACCUGGACUGGCUGAAGAAGCUGUGACACAGCAAGGGCCCUGGGGAGUUGGUCGCCGUGACGUGCUGGAUGCAGAGGGGGCCUUCCUCCGGGCCAGGUCAGCGCGCUGCCCCCUGCUGGCUACAGGGGGUUUGGUUCUCUCCACCUCCCCCCAUGAAUGUAAUAAAGGUUUUGACUUAAGGAA